AUGAUGUCAUCCAAGCCAACAGCCUACCUCAGAAUAUGUGAAACCAAACCUAAUCCUUACCCACCAAGCUACUCUAUGGCUCCUGGGUCUCAACAACCUCUGAGUUUCAUCAGCCUAGGAAACCAAGCGCAGAGUGGUCAGCCUGCCUUCAUCACUUCUCCAGGAACCUUCACCAACAGUCGGCAGGGUCCAGGAAAUAUACAAAUGGUAAAUUCAGCUAGAGGAGAAGCAGCUACAAACUUUAAAGAAGAAGCAAAGACACUAGGGUUCACUAUUACUGGAGCACUCUUUAUUUCGGCAUCCAAGCAGUUUUCCCCUUGUCUGAUAAAAGGCAGCCUAGGAAUGAACAUUGUUAAUUCCGUCUUUGCCUUUAUUGGGGUGAUUCUGUUGCUGGUGGAUGUGAGCAUUAAUGGGCUGCCUAAUCAAGACUACUGGGCAGUGCUUGCUGGGAAAGGAAUUUCAGCCAUGCUGAUCAUCUUCUCUCUUUAGGAGUUUUGCAUAACUUGUGCCACAGCCCAUUUUGCCAGCCAAGCAAUCACCAACACCAAUGGGUCUGUCCUGGCUAUUCCAAUUGUGUAUGCAAAUAGUCCCUUGACCACAGGGUGGUCCUCAGUUCCUCCCAGAAAUGAUGGCCACCAAGCUCAUACCACCUAA